AACGCCUUGUAAACACGUCACUAAUUCAUUAAUGAGUUAAGUUCUCGCGCCCCUCUAGUGGGUGAACGUGGAAGAUAGCUACAUGCUCCGGCAAUCAUAUCUGAGUGGUCCAAAAAAUAUUUUAAAUAUCGUAUUUUUUAACUAAUAUGUCAACACAAUUUAUUCAGGGACUAACCGUGUGGAAAAAGCUGCAAACUGCGAAUUAUGUCGCGUGACGUUUCCCCUCCAUCUUUUUAGGAGGCUGUCAGUUUCGUAGGCAAAGGAGUUGGCGCAGGCGCGGCACUGACAGAGGCUCUACCUGCUCCGCAGUGUGUGUAAUAAUGGCCUGGAAAUCAGGAGGAGUCAGCCACGCAGAGCUUGUAAACAACCUUCGCAAAAAUGGGAUCAUCAAGUCAGACAAGGUCUAUGAAGUAAUGUUGGCCACAGACCGAGGCCAUUUCUCCAGAAGCAACCCCUACAUGGACUCCCCACAGUCAAUAGGCUAUCAAGCAACCAUCAGUGCGCCACACAUGCACGCCUAUGCGUUGGAGCUACUGCAUGAUCAGCUGUAUGAUGGGGCCAAAGCUCUGGAUGUUGGGUCUGGCAGUGGAAUCCUAUCUGCAUGCUUUGCACGAAUGGUAGGUCCCAAAGGCAAGGUGAUAGGAAUCGACCACAUCAAGGAACUGGUAGAUGAUUCUAUUAACAAUGUAAAGAAAGAUGACCCCAGCUUGAUAACAUCUGGUCGAGUCAAACUAAUAGUGGGAGACGGGCGGAUGGGCCAUCCAGAGGAGGCGCCUUAUGAUGCCAUCCACGUGGGCGCGGCAGCACCCAACGUGCCACAAGCACUCCUGGACCAGCUGAAGCCAGGCGGCAGGCUGAUUCUACCCGUGGGGCCGGCUGGAGGGAACCAGAUGCUGGAGCAGUACGACAAGCUGGAGGAUGGCAGCACCAAGAUGAAGCCCCUGAUGGGGGUGAUUUACGUGCCUUUAACAGACAAAGAGAAGCAGUGGUCCAGGGAUGAACUUUGAGGUGACAGACUGUCCAUAUUCCACAUUUCAAUGUGAACCUGGAGGAGACUACUUUGGGUUCCAACAACAGCCAUUGGAUUUCUUUGAAAACAACAAACCAUGGUGAUUUUGUUUUUUCUCCUUUAACUCUACCUAGAGUAUCAUGCUGAGGAAUAACCCCUGAGGUCGGAAUAACGACUGCUGGAGAAUGAACAGAAGAAUGUGUCGGGGAUUGAUUAAAAUAUAUAUAUUGGCCUGCAUUUUUUUGGUUGUGAAUUUUCCUUUUGAUUUGCUGCAAGAUUGAGUUUUUGUGGUUACAUCUUGAUUUGCAAAUCAACCAUUUCAGCUCCAAACAAAGCUGAGUGUAAAAACUGUUCUGAUGAGGAAAGCCUGAGUUGAAGAGAUUAUUCAGCCACUUACUUUAGAGUGCAUCUGAAGAUCUGACUAGAUAUCUGUACUGCUCUGCUAACAUAUAUCAGCGUCGUCGCCUAAUAGGAAGUGAAUGGGCAAUGAUGUAUUGGGUUAUUUAGGUGUCCCUUAUUGUAAGUAAGAAUAGAAGAUGUUUCUUAACAAUUCUACAUUCAUGUGGAUGUUAUGGGUGAUCUUGAACAAAUUGUGAAUAGUGAUGAGUGAGAAGGUUACAGGUACAAAGACACCCCCCCCCCCUAAAUUAUAACCUCUGUUAUUGGUAAUGGUGAGAGAUUUGCAUGUUUUGUUGCAGCCUUUGUAACCUUCUUGCUCAUUAUUCAUGAUUUUUCUUAAUCAUGCUAUUAUCAGGAUUAAUUUAGAAGGGUUCAGAAACAUCUUCACUACUCACUUUGAAAGAAAAUUACAUUCUUCAUUCAGUUCUAUUGGUCAAAACAUAACCAAAACAACCUGCAAAUGCAUCACAGGUUUGUAUAGUCACAAGCUUGAUGUAGUCAAGCGUUAAGAAUUAUACUCAACAUUUGACUACUUUAAUACACUAUAAGCCCAUUUGUCCAAAUACUUAUGACUUCUUCAAAUGGGGGACAAGAUACAUAGUGCUUUCCUUUCUAAACUAGUAAAACAAAUAUGAAAACACCCUAAAAUAAACAGUGACAUUCUAUAAUGUUGCCUCAUAUGAAACAUUUGAUCUCAAAUCCAAAAUGCUGAAGUACAGAGCCACAUUUAAAAUGUUAGUUUCACUGUCCAAAUACAUAUGGGAGUGAGUGUGUAUAUACACAUGUGAACACGUGCACACAUUCAGGGCUGUGAUUUCCCCCAUGAUUUAUUGUGUGCUGCCUCUGGUGUCCAUGACCAGACUGCAAGCUUUACUGAUUACCGACACUAAACAAAGCAGAGCCAUACAUACAUAUAUAUUAUAUAUAUAUAUGUGUGUGAGUGUGAAACAAGGUAGCCGGUGCGUUGGCAAAAUACAUUUUAAUGCAAAGUGAUUGAAUGUCUGUUUAAAAAUAUUGGAUGAGCUAUGGCUUUCACAAUUUCUGGAAUGGCAAAAAUGAAAAUAAAAAUAUGCUUAUGUU